AUGGGCUGCUCCUCAGGUCGCCAGCCCCCUGCCCCGGUCCUUCACCCUGACCUGGACUGCGGCAACAGUAGCGAGACCAACACCUUACCCCAGGACUCUGACAACCAGAACCAGGGUUCGAACAGCUCAGCAGAACGAGAACGAGAAGGAAGUCUUGUAAGAGACCCCGCCAAACCUCCAGAGUCUCUCCCCACACUCGAGCGGCUGGCUCAGGCUACAGGAGGCACGGAAAAGUCCUGGUACCGCUGCGUGUUCCCUUUCGGGGUGAUAUCACUAGUGAUCGGGAUGGCGGGCACGGGGGUGACGUUCACCUUUGACACACUGCUCCAGACCAAAGUGGUGUCAGUGGCGCUGCUGUGUGCUGGUGUACUGAUGCUGCUCGUGGCUGCGCUUUGCUGGAGGGCCCACAGACUGAGGAAGAGGAAAAAGAAGGAAGGUGGAUUCUUCACAGCCGACCAGGGCACUUUGUGA